AUGGGCAAGCCUCUGGAGAAGCAUGGUGAAAUCGAGCUUCAACAUUCCAAAUGCCCGACGAGUAAAGGGACAAUCUAUGUCACACUCGCACUCCGAAUCAAACUGCUCCGUGAAUCCUACCCGCUCAUGCCCACACAGAAGAUUCCCAAGGUCAUCGACUACUACCACAAGAUGCAUCCAGCAACUCACUUGACGCACUUGACGCACCCCACAAUCUCGAGGCUUGCGGGUUCAAAGAGCGCGCAUUGGCAUCUCCGUCUUCGAUUGCGUCUUUGGGCUCUCGGACACCCAUCAUCUCUAUCAUUACGACUAUCACUAGUGUUUUCAGCACACACCGGCUCUUCCGCGCCGUUUCGCGACAUCAGUAUGAAAUCUUUCAAGAGGUUUGUUGACAAGCGCCGUCAAAGCUUCCAGAAGAACAAAAGACAGGCCUCAAACUCUGCUCCUGUUCCUGCUCCUGCUCCUGCUCCUAUACCUACUCCUGCUCCCGUCGAUGCACAAGCUGCCCCAAAUGUUGAAGAGCGCGCUGCCGCCCCCGAGGAUCAGCAGCAAGUUCUAGCGGAAGCUGCGUCUGGUACUCUGCAAAUCGCUCUGCAAAACAAGACCAAUUCCGGCGACGUCUACGCAUACAUCACCGGCCUCGCUCUGGAGCGCAACAAUACUCCAUUAUUCGUGCAGGCCGAUGGCCAAAACAUUUACUAUCCAGCAUCUCCCCAAGAGAUUCAGCAACCUCUGCAGGCCGAUGUGGCGAUCCGUCUGGGAGCACCAGGCAAUACUGUCAACGUGAGGAUACCCAAGAUCGCUGGCGGACGUAUCUGGUUCAGCAUCGGCGCCAGGUUAACAUUCAAACUCAACCCUGGGCCUGCAGUCGUGGAGCCCAGUGUAACUAACCCUAGCGAUCCGAACUAUAACAUCGACUGGACCUUUUGCGAGUUCACCUACAACGAUGCUCAACUAUUCGCCAACAUCAGCUAUGUGGAUUUCAUCAACAUCCCAAUCUCACUGAGUCUUACCGGCACAUCAGGCAAUACGCAGACCGUGCCUGGUAUGGGUCCAGACGGCUUACAGAGAAUCGUCAAUGAGCUUCGUACACAAGCGCAGCGCGAUGGUAGGCCCUGGGACCAGCUGAUCUACGAGUCAAAUGGCCGUCCUUUAAGAGUCCUGAGUCCGAAUAACCUUAUGGUCGGGAACGAAAACGCUUGGGGUAACUACUGGGACGGCUACAUCCAAGCAGUCUGGAACAAAUAUCGCAACGAGAAUCUUACGAUCAACACGCAGGCUGCAGCUGGCAAUCUGACUGGUCGCGUGCAGGGCGAGGAAUUGCAACUUGGCGAGGCUGGUAAUUUCGGUAGACCGUCUGCCCGAGACAUCUUCACAUGCAGCACUGGACCAUUCGCGACUGGCUCCAACCAGGCGCGAAACGCCGUCAUUCCUAGACUUGCGGCUGCCUUCAACCGCAGUAUCUUGCUGAACACACCUGGGAACCAGUUUCCGAACGGCAGUGACCCGAGCAAGUACUACCAAGACGUAACGACAAAUCACUACUCGCGCAUCGUACAUCAAGUUCAGCGGGAUGGGCGUGGUUAUGCGUUCCCAUACGAUGAUGUCGUUCCAGACGGUGGCCGAGAUGUUGCUGGUACAGUGUUCGAUGGGUCGCCACAACUGUUCACAGUCGCAGUUGGUGGGAAUUGA